AUGUCUUCGACACCACAAACAGUGUCGCGUAUUGUUGUUGCUUCCAAUGGUGCUUCUAGUUAUCAUGGCCGUACGAGCACUUUGUUUGAUGAAAAUCCCCAUGACCGAGCCAAUACUGAAACGCGCCCUCGAAUGCCUGAUGAAUGGGUUGAAAAGGGCCUCGUUGCUGAAGCUGCGCGCCAGCGACAACUCGAGGAAGUAAACUUCCGCCUUGGGAAGCUCGAUUUUGAUGGUGUUGAACCCGAUUUGGGAAUGCACUUAUUGUCCUUACAUUGGAAUCGUCAACAUCAUUCAUUCCUCACAACAUAUCGUCCAGCAUUUAUGCGUGAUAUGGCGUGUGGGGGCCCAUACUUCUCCAAACUUCUUCUCAAUGCCAUCUACUUUGGCGCUUCAAAAUUCAGCCCACGGCACGAGGUUCGGCGAGUAGCUGACGAUGUACGUACUGCUGGCUGGCAAUUUCGUCAAAGGGUGCGCGAACUCCUAGGCGGUGCUCUCGAUAAGAGUGAGGUCACCACUAUCCAGGCAUUGCUAGUGAUGACCAACUCUCUGUUCGCUUUGGGUGAUGAGCGUAGUGCUGCCUGGCUCUAUGCUGGCCUCGCCUUUCGCAUGAUUGUCGAUUUAGGAAUGCACGUAGAUACCGUAGAUCUGGCAAGUACUCGCAAGUUUUCGGACGAAGAUUAUGAAAUACGGAGGCGCGUGUUCUGGGCAGCAUUUGUCGUCGAUAAGAUCCAGAGUUUAUAUCAGGGUCGGCCGGUCAGCAUCAAGGAAUCCGACACCCUUGUCCCUAUCAAGUUUCUCGAUACUUACGAAGAGCUUGAGAAUUGGUCACCUUUUGCAUAUUCUACUCAGUCAAGCUCUACCUACCAGGGAUCACCGGCCUACAGCAUCACUACCUUUCAACAUUUGUGCAAGCUCUCGGUGAUUCUCAGCGACAUUCUUAGCACAAUAUACACGGAAAGAACUUUCGACUCCAGUCCAGGAGAACUCUCGGCCAAAUUGGAGAGUAUCCACUCAAAGCUAACAACAUGGCAUAGCCAUCUGCCUGCUCAUCUUGCUGUUGACGUGAAAAAAGAACCUAUAACACCCCCUCCACACGUAUUGAGCCUACAUGCUAUGUACAACGUACUCAUGAUACUGCUACACCGCCCAUUUGUUGCCGACGGACAUCUUUACAGUACAUCUCGCAGCAUAUCUGUCAAUUCCUUUAUAGCCUGUGCCACAGCAGCUGAAAACAUAGUCGAUCUUCUACGUGUGUAUGACAAAGCAUUCAGCGUACGCAGGGCACCAUACUUGAUAUCGUAUGCGACAUACGUUGCCGCCACUAUUCAUGCUCGCAUUGCUGCAAAGAGAGGCAUCGGUUCAAAUGCUCAUAGUAAUUUGAAAGCGUGCUUAGCCGUAUUUCGAGAAAACCAAGAGACAAAUUGGGCUGUUCGGCGCGCUAAUGCUAUUGUACAGAACCUGAUGAAAAGGCUAGGAGUAGACAUUCCUAGCCCUGACGAAACUCGAAUUGAUCGAGACAAUGGCGGGAACAGUCAGAGUAGUACUCCCGGUACGUCAACAAGCAGGUCAAUGGCGAGAGAACCUAGCUUGCACAGUCUGGAUAUCGACGGCAUUAUUCAGAGUUUUGUACGAGAACAGGAAACUAUGCAAGUUCCCCAAGCAAGUCAGUCCGGUCGCAAUAUGUCAUCAGAUGCCACAUUCCCCGCGCAGCAAAUGUGGUCCUUUCCAAGUACAGAGGUUCAAGGUGUGGGGCCGCAAUCCGAGAAUCAGGAUACGAACACCCUUGCCUAUGAAACCGAUUCGAGUUGGUUAUACCAAGGGCAACAACAACCGUUUGGAGAAGUUUCUAUAUCGGUAGAUGACUUACUCUACGGUUUCAACGGAUCGGCACUAGACAGCUUCCCCAUCCUCGAUGGAACUAUGAUGUGA